AUGCCGCCUCGCCGCGACGCCGCCGCCUCUCCACCUCGUCGUCUACCCCGCCGACCUGCCUCCCGCUUCGCCGCGUCAUCCCCGUCGACCACCCCGACCCCCACUGCCCCAUCCGUACUCCCCGCCGUGAUCCGCGGCCCUCCUCUCCUUCCCUGUUCCUGCUUGCCGUCCCCUGCCCGCGAUCACCGCGCUCACCGCGUCGUGGCCACACCCGUCCGCGCCCCCUCACUCCUCUGCUGGCUUCUGGCCGCGCGCGCCGCGCACCCGCGCCCCGCCAGCGUCCCUGACCGCACCUGCCGAGCCGCGCCGCGCCGCCACCGCACGCGCGCUGCGCACCGGCCUCGCUGGCCUCGCCCGCUACACCGCUCGUCGUCGCCCCCCUGCCGCUCUCGGCCGUGCCCCGCCCCGCCCGGCGUGCGCCCUCACUCGCUACAGCAGCGCGCGCACGCGCGCGCCCCCGCUCUCCUUCUUCUGCCGCUAGCUGCUGCGCUACAGUUGCCCGCCCGCACCCGCUAA